AUGGCGUUGCACACUAACGUCCUCCACAAUGGAGAGUGGGUGACGCAGACCAUCGACGUGUACAGCAUUCUCAGCAAGCAGACCCCGUCAUCAUCGAAGAAGCAGACGACUAGAGAGCAGCUGCCUCCUCCGACUUGCGGGCUCCUGACUACCACCAUCUCCGAGAGUCCUCAUAUCAAGCAUAUCUUGCCUGUCCGACUUCGGUCACUCAGACACAAUGAUGUGGCCAUCAUCGGGCUAGGUCCAGAUGGCCGUCUCAAGGAGGUCAUCAGGAGAAACGACUUUGAUUGUCAGAUCCGGAACGCUUGCGUGAUCGGCACAUUCAGCUUGGACGAUCUCAGGGAGGCAUCUUUUGAGACCCGCAUCAAGACCGAAGAGGACGAAUUCUGCUUCUCAGCAGGACCCGCAGGCCACCACCAUCCUUUACCCCCUCAGCUCCUUGCGGUUUUUCUGGAGAAUGGAGAGAUCAUCUUCAUGUUCGUCCGUGAAAAUGCCGAGAGGAAGCUUGAGUUCGUGACGGGAAAAUAUGAAGACAACAUACAUCAUGCCCUCUCUAACGACUAUUCUGGAUUUUAUGUGGCCGUUGACCCGAGCUCACGCUACAUGGCCAUGGCGUCCGUGGAUUAUAUUGUUAUCUACGAGCUGGAGGAGCGCGAAGUGCUCGCAGAACGAUAUUCGCGUGGCCAACCUUUGAAGCCGGUGAAGACACAUCGUCUGCGCCACACUCCAGGAUCGGUGGUCAAUAUGACCUUUCUCUAUCCACAACUGGGACACCCAGGGCAUAUCAUUCUCUUGAUGAUCAUCGCCAAUAAUGGCCGACCCAAGGGUUAUGUGCUGGACUGGAUCUUGGGAGAGAAACUUCCAAACGUUGUCUCCAGGAUUGGGCUUAAUAAGUUCGGCAUCCCCCCGGAGCAUUGUUGCCCUACGUUACUGAUUCCACUAAGGGUGGAGUCAGCAUAUAUCAGCGUAUCAGGCAAGCAUCUUGCCUUAGUCACUGGUGCUGUGCAUGGGGCACCCAUACACGAACGUCUGUCUUCUUUGCAGAAUGAGCCUCCUGCAUUUCCUUACCACAACCGAACAACAAGAGAGCCUUUGUGGGUGGCUUGGGCAAGGCCGUUGCGCUACUCGUCUUUUUACUCUGGAAAGGACUCAAGAGGAAACCCGCCGAAGGAUUUCUUUUACCUUGCCAGGCAUGAUGGGCUAGUCAUUCAUAUCGAGGCCAAACGGGAAGAUCAGGACUCAGUCAGUCUAAGUCUAAACAUUCUAGAGUCGUUCCCAUGUAGCAUGGAUGUCGGGUUGUUUGCCUGCUUGUGCGAGGAUCAAGCCUUUGAUAUUCUCGUCUUGGGCAGCACCAACGGCCCUGGAGGCUACUGGAAGACACUUCCCUUGGGCCCAGUUGUCUUUCUUGGAGAACUUCCAUAUUGGGGCCCGGUUUACGAUUUCACGACAACAGACGAGUUCAUUGACUGUGAGGGGGGUUCCCAACAUAAGGCAAUGGUGCCGUGGCAGGAGGGUACGGUACGAAGGCCAGAUCGCGUCUUUGCGGCCGUUGACAUGGGCAAGAAGGGCGCUAUCGUCGAGUACAGAUACGGCCUAAAAGCAGACAUCGGUCUUGACAUAGACUGGCCCGGUGCCGUGAAGCGCGUUUGGCUGGUCUCAGGUCAUCAUCCAUUUUCACACCAAGGGUACCUCCUGCUGCUUUCGGGGGUUGAUCGCUCGGCGGCUGUCUACAUGUCGUACGAUUUCGGCGAUGCUGAGGAAAAGACUGUGGACGAUGGUGUUCCGUUUGACUUGUCGUCACCCACCUUCGCCAUGGCUUGUUCUGCCCCCAUGGUAGUUCAGGUCACUAGGCAGAGUAUUGUGUUGGCGGCGUAUGGUCGGAGCAUCCGGGUUCCAGUUCAGGAAAUUAGCGGUUUAGUUGAUGCCGAGGUGUCAGACGCCUGCAUCCGUGAUGACUGUAUCGCCCUCUCCGUGCUGAGACAAGCCCGCUACGUCAUUCAGAUAUUGAAGAUCGACACGUCCACCCUCCGUGUGGCCCCCGUCCACGAACUCGAGGUGGACGGAGAAGUCACUGCCCUUGGUCUUGAUGCUGACUACACUCUUUUGGUUGGCGUUCGGAGAAAUCUUCAGACAUCGCUGGACUAUUGUUCUUUGACAAAUCCUUUGGGAGGAUUUGAAACGGUGAACUUGACAGAGUACCUUGUGGAACAAAUAGGACCCCUUUUACCCGAAGGCCCUCCCGUCGCGGAAGGUAUCGCGGAUAUUCUCCCCCUGAAGGGCAUGGUCCUUCUUGGCACCAGGAGCGGAGAGGUGAUCAUCUUGAGGAAUGUCGACGGUUCUGUGCUCAUUGAGAGCGAGAAAUUUGGCUCCGCAGUGGCACACCUGACUUAUAGUUCUCGGUCCGGAGAGAACGGCUCCUCCGUGCUUAUUACUUGUGACAAUGCUCUUGUCUCCAUGAGCCUUGAUGUCGCCUACACUGGCACUCAGGCAAUCCUCAAGUCCAAGAAGCAUCGCGUCUGGCCUGUGGAUUCUCAGGCACUUCACGAGCUGGCACCACCCGUCCAGUUUGCUAUGGCAUUAGAUGUGCCAGCAGAUGACAGCGUCACGCCUCUUCUCAUGGUGUCUAGCUCGAGGUUGCUGCUUGCCGAGUUACAUCACACUCCUGGACUGGUCAACCGCGUCCUCACCGUCAACGGCACACCGACCAGGGUCAUGUACUCGCACGCCAUGCAGUCUCUUAUUGUUGGGAUGGUCCGUGAAGGCAGACCCGACCUUGUCUUCCUUCACCCUGACACUGGCGAGCAUAUAGGACGUCCUCAAAACAAACAGGGUGCACCUAUUGACUCCCUUCAGGCCUUUGACAAGUUUGGAGAUCGGAUUUUUACGCUCACAGAAUGGACAUACAAAAAGGACCACGGCGUCUGGAACCUGCUCCUCAUCGGCUUGAAGAUGGGCCUCCUCCUCGUCGUCCGCAUGGACAAGGACACCCAUGGCGGCCAUCUCACCAUCCGUUACCGCCUGCUGUACAAGCGGGACUAUGGCGAGCCAGUCUACUCUGCCAUUGGAUAUGACGCGGGCAUUGUUUGCUGCGCGGGCGACCUCAUCCGAUGGGAGGUUCUUGACCCGGAGGACAAGAAACUCAGGCCGCUGCGCGAGUUUCCCAUCAACUCACCUGGAAUUGCUUUAAGGAUUGCAAACGGCAAGCUGUUCUGCCUCACGAAGAGUGAUUCCCUCGCCGUUCUGGAGCACGGCAACGGGACGGAGCCGACCACCAAGCUGUGUCAUGUCGACCCGUAUAGGACCGAGAGCUGGCACAUGAUCAUGGUGGAGAGUCCCGAGCCUGAGCAACAGCAACAGCAACACUCGGCAAUUGAGGGUGAGGGUAGUGAGGAGAACCAGCAGCACCAAGGGAAGAGAGGCGCCAUGGUCCUCACAGCAGACCGAUUUAACGGCAUCGGAGCGACUUGGGUGCCGUGGUUGACCAAGGAGCAGGAAACCCACCUCGUCGUGAACUCCGAGCUACGCGUUGGCUCGAUCCGUCGCUUCCGCCGGGGCCGGACGCGCCCCGUCUGGCAGCAGUAUCAGGGCCGCUGUCGCCCACGCUAUGGCCGUCUGGCAGCGACCAUCGACGACGCGGACAUCCUCGCUGUGACCUUCCUUGGCUCAGUGAUCCAGAUGAGCUUGCUCAAUCCCGACGCGUGGCGCCUGCUGAAGUAUAUUGCGAACCUGGCGUUUGCGGACGAGGAGAUAUGUCCGUAUUUGUGCUUUGGGGAGGACAAGGAGGAGCAGGCGAGGGUGAGAAAGGAUCCGGAGCCGAGGGAGGAAGCGGAGGAGAGGUGGGUGGAUGGGGAUUUGUUGAGGAGGGUUGUUGAACGGGGGAUUUUGGGUAGGUUGGUGAGGGGGAGGGAGGAGAGGGUUAAGGAGUUGCUUGGUAAGGUUGAGGGGAGGGAGAGGGAAAACGUUGAGGCGGUUGUUCGGGGGGUGGAGGAGGUCCUGGGAUAUUAUUUGGAAGUUGCUUUGUAG